GAUACCAUACCCUCACCGUCCACCCCAGUCGAACCAUCACUGUCGACUCGUCGCCUCAACAUCCCCAAUUCCUCAAAAAACCCUAAAAAUAAACCUAGAAAGAAUAAAACCGUCGACGGAGAAUUCAGCGGCGAUGACAGAUUCAAAUGGAUCGAUCGACGGCGAAGCUAUCGGGCGCCCGACGAACCCGAUGGUGAGUCCGCUGCUCACCGACCUCUAUCAGUUCACCAUGGCCUACGCUUACUGGAAAGCUGGCAAGCAUCAAGAACGAGCCGUGUUUGAUCUCUUCUUCCGGAGGAAUCCUUUUGGUGGCGAAUACACCAUCUUUGGUGGUCUGGAAGAGUGCAUCCGGUUUAUUGCUAAUUUCAAAUUUACAGAGGAGGAGAUCUCUUUCUUGUGUUCAGUAAUGCCUACGUGUGAGGACGGUUUCUUUGACUAUCUAAGGGAGAUUGACUGCUCCGAUGUUGAGGUUUAUGCCAUUUCUGAGGGCUCCGUUGUAUUUCCCAAGGUUCCUUUAAUGAGAAUUGAAGGACCAGUUGCUGUGGUUCAACUGCUUGAAACUCCAUUUGUAAAUCUUGUUAAUUAUGCAUCACUGGUGACCACGAAUGCUGCAAGGCACAGAUUUGUUGCUGGAAAGACAAAACAUUUACUUGAAUUUGGCCUUCGACGUGCUCAGGGCCCUGAUGGUGGAAUCAGUGCUUCUAGAUAUUGCUAUAUGGGAGGAUUUGAUGCAACAAGCAAUGUAGCAGCUGGAAGAUUGUUUGGCAUACCACUUCGUGGAACACAUUCACAUGCCUUUGUCAGUUCAUUCAUGAGCCUGGAUGAGAUCGUGAACAAAACACUUCGCAGUUAUGAUGGCUCAAGCACUUGUGAUGAUUUCGUUAGCCUGGUGGAGUGCUGGCUCAACAAAAUGCAGCGGGCUGAUUCAUUACGAGGUACUUUUGGUGACACCAAUCAAAGUGAGCUGGCAGCAUUCACAUCCUAUGCAUUGGCUUUGCCAAAUAACUUCCUUGCACUUGUAGAUACAUAUGACGUAAUGAGGAGUGGAGUUCCUAAUUUCUGCGCUGUAUCUUUAGCACUUAAUGAAUUGGGGUAUCGAGCUAUGGGGAUUAGGUUGGACUCUGGUGAUCUAGCAUAUUUAUCCAUUGAGGCUCGGAAGUUCUUUUGUGCCAUAGAAAAGGAAUUUGAUAUACCUGAAUUUGGAAAAAUGAAUAUUACAGCCAGCAAUGACCUCAAUGAGGAAACUAUUGAUGCCUUGAACAAGCAGGGUCACGAGGUGGACUCCUUUGGAAUCGGAACCUACCUUGUUACGUGCUACGCACAAGCAGCCCUUGGAUGUGUGUUCAAACUAGUUGAGAUAAAUAAUCAGCCUCGCAUGAAGCUCUCUGAAGACGUUUCCAAGGUCUCCAUUCCAUGUAAGAAACGAUGUUUCAGAUUAUAUGGAAGAGAAGGCUACCCGUUAGUCGAUAUAAUGACAGGGGAAAAUGAACCAGCACCAAGGAUGGGAGAUCGGAUCCUAUGUCGCCAUCCCUUCAAUGAAUCAAAGCGAGCUUAUGUUGUGCCACAGCGAGUUGAGGAGCUUUUGAAGUGUUACUGGGCUGGUGGUUCAGCCAAUAAAAGAGAGGACCUACCUCCCGUCAAGGACAUAAGAGAACGUUGCAUACAACAACUAGAACAAAUGCGACCAGAUCACAUGAGAAGACUAAACCCUACACCUUACAAGGUGAGUGUCAGUGCAAGACUGUAUGACUUCAUACAUUUCCUGUGGCUCAACGAGGCACCUGUUGGCGAGCUCCAAUAGAAGAGACGAAGCAGUUGCAUCCAUAUCUCAAUCAUUUUGGUUCCAGCACCAAUUGAAUCACUAUUAGUACGCCCCUGAAGCAAAAAAGAAGAAAAAAAUAACUCUUGCGUGUGCACUGUGCUGAAGUUUACUAUUCUAAAAUUUUACGUUCCUGCAACAAUGGGGUUGGAUAUAUCAUAUAUAUAGACGAAAUGGUAAAGAAGUGAAAAAAAUAAUUUUUUUAAGAGGAAGUUGAUGUUACUAUCUAUGUAAGAAAACUAUACCAAAGGAAAAAGAGUGAUACUUUGUGCAGUCGUAUUUCUGUUUGCAGAAUUUUCUGGAAAUAAAUAUAUUCAUGAGUUAUGUUUCUGCA